AAAAAAAGCCGAUUGAGCUCGACGGCGCGGUCGGGUUGGUUGCCGAUUGGUGAACGAUUUGUAGAAAGAAGGAAAAGAAAAAUGGCAAAAUGGUGUAGGAACGGCUAAGGACCGAGGAGCCAUGUCUUCAGGCGGCGAAUUCGUGGAGGGGUGGGUCGUCACCCAGGUGCUGGGUGAAGGGGCUUAUGGAGAAGUCCGGUUGCUGAUGCACGCGCGGUCGGGCGCGAGCGUGGCGCUGAAGGCGGUGCGCGAGGCGGCGGGCGGCGCGGGCGCGCGCGAGGCGGCGCUGCACCGCGCGCUGCGGCACCCCAACGUGCUGCGCUGCCUGGGCGAGCGCCACCACGGCGGCGUGCAAUAUCUCUUCCUCGAGUACGCGCAGGGCGGCGAGCUCUUUGAUCGCAUCGAGCCGGACGCGGGCAUGCCGGCGAGCUGCGCGCGGCGCUACUGGCGGCAGCUGGCGGCCGGCCUGCGCUACCUGCACGCGCGCGGCGUGGCGCACCGCGACAUCAAGCCCGAGAACCUGCUGCUCGACCACAACGACACGCUCAAGAUCUCCGACUUCGGCAUGGCCACGAUGUUCCGGCACGGGUCCCGCGAGCGGCUGCUGUCGCGCGUGUGCGGCACGGUGCCGUACGCCGCGCCCGAGGUGCUGGCGGCGCAGCGGCGGCCCUACCGCGCGCCGCCCGCCGACCUGUGGGCCGCCGCGCUCGUGCUGCUCGCCAUGCUCGUCGGAGAACUACCAUGGGAGCGCGCCAGCGAGGAGGACGCGCGGUACUGCGCGUGGAAGGCGUGGGCGGAGGGCGAGAGCGCGCAGCCGCCGAGCGGCGCGUGGCGGCGGCUGGCGGGCGGCGCGGGCGGCGCGCUCGGCCUGCUGCGGCGCGCGCUGCGCCCCGACCCCGCGCGCCGCCCCGCGCUCGACGCGCUGCUCACGCACCGCUGGCUGAGCGACGACGGUGACCGGACAGGUGCGAGCCCCUCCCCGACCACCCCAUACCUCCCUCCGCCUGCUCCCCCUCACAUAUUUUUUGUACUAGGUGACUCUGAGUGGCGCCGGUCUCAGAGACGCCUGGUGCCUCAGCCCGGCGCCGCCCGCCUCGCCUUCGCUUCGCAUCGCAUCGCGCCGAUAGCCUUCGAGAACGAGGGCGCGCGCGCGUGGAGCUCGCAGCCGGCGACGGGGGAGGCGGGGGGCGCGGAGCCGCCGCUGAGCGCGCGCGACAUGGACGAGCUGCUGAGCUACUCGCAGCCGGCGCGCGGCGACGAGCUGCUGCUGGGCUCGCCGGAGCGCGGGCCGGCGCCGCUGCAGCGCCUCGUGCGCCGCAUGACGCGCGUGUUCGUGCGCGCCGCCGAGCCCGCUGCGCUGCGCGCGCUCACCGGCCUGCUGGACGCGCGCGGCUACCUCUGGCGGUACCUGCACCCCAGAAUCCUGGCGAUCGAAUGCGGGUCGGUGAAGAUGCGCGCGUGGGCGGUGCGCGUGCGCGCGGCGGGCGCCGGCGCCGGCGGCGAGCACGUGAUGCUGGAGUUCCGGCGCUCGCGCGGCUGCGGGCUCGCCUUCAAGCGGCGCUACCUCGAGCUGCGCGACGCGCUGAGCCCGCUGGCGGCGCCCUCGCCCGGCGCCCCCGCGCCCUACGCCCCCGCUGACCCCGCCGACCCCGCAGACUUGCUCGCGCCGCCCGCCGACCUGUCGCAGCCCAUGGACACCGACGCCGACGCCGAGUAGGCGACUCGCCACGUGAACCUACUAGGAAACCCGCUAUUUAAGCACAUUAUAAUGGUGCGUAGUCGUUGAGUAAACGAUAUUUUCGCUUUUAAAGCGAUCUUUGAACCGUUGAGCUGUUGUUAUGGUUACCCGUUGAAAUGAUAUUUCCUACUGAAGACUGAUAUUUUUAUACUCUGUAUGAUAAGAAUAUUUUUGCAUUGCGUUUGUUGUUGUAUUCGUUGUAUGAUUCGAAAAGACAUUUUUGGUGAAAUUUAUAAUAAGCAACUGUUUAAAUCUUCUAUACGACUACAAUAAAAACGAGAGACCAGUACCUACAUGUUACAAUAUAAGGAAUGGAAUCCCUUAGCUAAACUCAUAAAACUGAAUUCUGUUGGAUGAAAAUGUAUAUUCUUAUUAUUUAAAAUUAAUCACUUAAAAAUUUGUCCUUUUCCAAAAUCAAAUUACAUACAACAUUCGUUUAUAACUUCACAAUAGGACACAGUAGUUCGGAGUCUGUGUAAUCGGCGAUUGGCGCGAUGGUCCUUGUGAGGAGGGGAGGAUGGACAUUGUGAUUUACAUUUCAGAGUUGUCAAACUGUGAUUUGAUUUUCUCACCAAAAUUGUCUUAGUCCUAGUUCAUUAGUAAUUAAACAAAGUGUCAAUUAUAUCGUCUAAGUUAUUUGUAAUAAUUUAUGUUUUUAAUAAAUGAACCGUUUGUA